AAAGAAUCCGCCCAUCCCACACCCCGGCACACCAGCUCAGGAAACUUAUAACCUCAGGAGGCAGGUCCUUCCCCUCACUGCAGUCACAUACCUCCACAAGAGCCCAGAGCAGCACCAGCUCCUGCCACACAGUCGCCGGGACCCUCAGAACUCUCCUUGCGCCCAAGCCACCAAAAAGCCAAGAUGUUGGUCUUUCUGGCUUCGAUCUUUGUGGUCCACAUUGCCACAGCCAUCAUGCUGUUUGUCUCUACCAUCGCCAACGUCUGGGUGGUUUCUGAUUAUGAAAAAGCAUCAGUGGGCCUUUGGAAAUCCUGUAUAGGUGGUAGCUGCAACGCAACUCUGCCAUAUGCCGGUCAAGAAGCCAUCAAAGCAGUACAGGCCUUCAUGAUCCUCGCCACCAUCUUCUCCGUCAUCUCCCUCGUGAUCUUCGUGUUCCAGCUCUUCACCAUGGAGAAAGGAAACCGCUUCUUCCUCUCGGGGGCCACCAUGCUGGUGUGCUGGCUGUGCAUUCUGGUCGGCGUGUCUGUCUACACCCACCAUUACGCCAAUAAAAAUAUAUACACGAAAAGUCACCACGGAUACUGCUUCAUCCUGACCUGGAUCUGCUUCUGCUUCAGCCUCAUCACUGGCAUCGUCUACCUGGUCCUGAGAAAGAAAUAAGGCUGAACAACCUUUUUGGGGAUCUGGGGGGUGGGGAGGAGAAAGCAGUUGAAUGUGGGAGGGAAAUGGAAAGUUUCUAUGCAGGAAAAACCAGGAGAGGGGAGGGGGGCCGGGGAGGGGAAGCCAGGGUGGGAGAGGUUGAAACCCAAAUUGUUACAGAAAAGGCUCUCUACUGUUGAGCCGAGUCUUGGGAGAAAGUAGCUGGCUAGUACUUUCGUGCUCCCUGGGUGGGGGUCAGAGAACUUCUUUCCUGCCUCCAAGCUGGGCCUCCAGCUGUUCUUGGUCAUGCGCACUGCCUAGGGCCCACCAGCUGCCACCCAACUGGCUCCAGUUCUAAGGGUGCUCUAAACCUUGCACGAGGACCUCAGAGCUAAGAUACCAAGUGAAAAUAGCGGUACAGGGGCCAGCAAGAGCAGAUGCUAUUUUGUGUUGAAUGGAGUCUGCCUGAAAGCCAUCCUGCCCUCUGACCCAAAGCAAAAAGCAUCCCAUUGUAGUCUGAAGGGCCUGCAGGAAGGCUCGGCCCUGAGCCAGCUUCCCUCUUUAGAGCAGAUAUUUAGUUCUGGAGUUCAGUGGUAUUCAUGACAAAAAUGGGAGGAAGAGAGAGCAUCCUUAGGCCAUGUUGGUGAACUAGCUAGAUCAAGAACGAGAACUUUUCCGAACGGAAGGCUGGGGCAUGGUCACAAGCUGGACCAGACCCCAUGCAGCUGUCCCAUGUGGAGACCUCUUGCAGGGGGCUUAGCUGGCCCCUCCCUGCCAGCCCAGGUAGCCCUGGAGUUCCUGUAAUGCCGCUGUUAACCCAUUCAGUCAAUAACCAAAGCUCACACAAAUGAAGGGAAAAAGGGGCAGUCUGGUAACCGUGUGACAUGAGGGUUAUGUUUUUAGGGUCUCGUCUCCCUGUAACCAAAAUAUUCUUUACCUAAAGGAUGGGAGAGCUAGACCUAGCUCCUUGGAAUACAGUCUAUUACUCUCCUGCUAAGUGUGAAUCUUUAAGGAAGUUUUGUCUCAUUAUCCAUUUUGGGGGGUCAGGGUUCCCGGGCUGGGUAGUAGCUCUAGCUUUGACACUGACUGGAGCAGUUGGUCACCUUCCAGAGGACCGGCUGAUCCCACAUCACAACCGAGGCAGGACAGUUCUGGAAGCUGAUUAAAACACACAUGAACCAAAACUAAAAUGCUUGGGUGAAAGGUGCUAUAGAACUGUCAAGUAUUAAGCAUAUUAGAUUUCGGUGACAAUAAGAAAAGAGUGCCUGCACUCCCAGGAAAAUAAAGUUCCCAUGAAAUACAUAAAAAGAGGUGAUGGGCAGAUAGGUAUUUUCUUUAAGCAAAGAAAAAAAAAAAAAAAAAAAAAGGCCCCCGUGGUGCCUAGUCAGACGGCUGCCAAGUUGUCUGCUGUCACUGGGGCCUUUCUACAAAGUACUUAGGGGUAGUGUGUUAACCCUGGGUCAGCAGGCAUUGCUCUGGCCUGGAGCAGCUAUUUUUAAGCCAUCUCAGAUUCUGCCUAAAGGGGCUUGGGGGAAAAAGAAAUUUUCUUUAUUUCCUUGAGAAGAUCUAUCCCGGGGAGAAUCGGAGAUAUCUUGCCUAUUUUACUUCUCCCAGAUCUCUCCUCAUCCCACUUCUUAUUACUUUUCCUUUGGGGGAAUUGCUAUGCCAUUAUUGGUAUUUAUGUAAAAGGACUAUUACUAAGCAUAUUUCUCUGUGUUCACUCUAGCUAAGGAAAUAUUGAGAGUAGGCCACCAAAAGACCUGGGUGAGGAGUUGAGAGGUUGCCAAACAAAAACAUUGGGGUGACAAACUUUAAUUAUGAUAGAAUUAUCAUGUGAUUAUAGAAGGCUGUCUUAUGUGCCGAAGCAUGUAUCAGAUAUAUCCAAAGAGAUACUUGUGAUAUACUGAGAAGUCAGACUGUGACUGGAGUGAACCAUAUAUUUCCUUGUCUUUUACUUUGUUUCUGUGACAUUUAUGUCUUAUGUAAUUUUCAUUACAUUGGUGGGUUUUCUAGUACUGUAUUUGGCUUCUUUAAUAGACUGAUAUUUCAUAUACUAUAACUGUAAAUAUUUUGAUACAAAUGUUUAUAACUGGGGAAAAUAAAACAGAUUCUGGUUCCCUUCA